GCAGAGCUCAGCAGUCGAGUCUACUCUGCUCGAGAACGUGAACAAAGCGCUUUCUGAUUAUACAUACGAAUAUAUUUUAAAAUAAGUAUUUGGCAUUGUGAUAAAUGUGCUGAAAUAAAACUUGCCAAAUCGUUAUACUAAGUGAAAAAAGCUUAAAGAUGCAGCUGCAGUUGAAUCGCUUCCUGCUUUUGGCGCUGGCGCUUCUAAUGUCCGGCGGCCUCAGCGAGGCAGCUCGCAUACUCUUCAUGGGACCGUUUCCGGCGCCGAGCCACUGGAUGUGGUUGGAGCACUUCCAGCGGGAUUUGCUGCGGCGAGGCCAUCAGGUGACUAGCGUCAAUAAUCACCCCACCAAGAAGCCGCACGAAAACUUGACGGAGAUCAUCAUCAAUCCCAGCUUCGAUAUUCCCUUCCACUUUCCCAAGAAGAACAUCUUUAGUAUGAGAUACACCAGCGAUUUCCAGAAUCUGCAAAUGUGGUGGGCUCUUGGACUCAUGACCAGCGAGCAUGCACUGCAGGAUGAAAAGCUGAAGCAGCUCGUGGCCAGCACAGAUCAGCACUACGAUUUGGUCAUAUUGGAGCAAUUCUUCCACGAGGCCUUUCUCAUGUUUGGCCAUAAAUUCAAUUGUCCCGUCGUUACUAUUGGAACUAUGGGCUAUGCCGAUAAUAUGGAUCAUGCUAUGGGCCUGUUAACGCCUUGGUCCUUUAUACCACAUCUGCUGUUGCCACAUACGGAUCGCAUGAGCUUCUCACAACGCGCCUAUAACGCAUAUCUAUCGUUGUAUGACUCGAUAAUGAGACGCUGGUAUUAUUUGCCCAAAAUGCAGGAAUUGGCUGUCAAAUAUUUCGGUGAUGCCAUUAAAGGACCACUUCCCCAUGUCCAUCAAUUGGAGCGAAAUAUUUCGCUGAUGUUGAUCAACAGUCAUCGCAGUGUCGAUUUGCCACGCCCCGGUAUGCCGGGUCUGGUGAAUGUGGGCGGUGCACAUAUCCAGCCCGCUCGACCGCUACCUGCGCACAUGCAGGCCUUCAUUGACAAGGCCACCCAUGGCGUGGUCUACUUCAGUUUGGGGUCCUAUAUGAAGAGCACGGACAUGCCGCCGGAGAAAACGGCACUCAUUCUGAAGGCCUUCGGGCAGCUGAAGCAACAGGUGCUGUGGAAGUACGAAAAUGAUUCGAUUGGCGAGCUGCCACCCAAUGUGAUGAUCAGUCCGUGGAUGCCACAGAACGACAUUCUUGCGCAUCCCAAUAUCAAGUUGUUCAUCACACACGGCGGCCUCUUUGGCACGCAGGAGGGCAUACAUUGGGGCGUGCCUAUGCUCUGCAUACCCCUCUAUGGGGAUCAGCAUAGAAAUACCAUAAAAUCGGUGCGUGAGGGCUAUGCGCGCUCCUUAGUCUUCUCGAAGCUCACCGUCGACGACUUGGUGAGCAACAUCGAGACGUUGAUCUACGAACCUCAGUACAAACGAAGUGCCAAGCAAGUGUCCCAACGUUUUCGUGACAAUCCCAUGCAUCCACUCGAUGAGGCUAGCUACUGGAUCGAGUAUAUAAUCCGGCAUAAGGGUGCGACUCAUCUGAAAUCUCAAGGCGCUUUCAUGCCCCUCUAUCAGUAUCUGUUACUGGAUGUGCUCGCCUGUCUACUGUUGGUACUGGUGCUCACCAUUUGGCUACCUUGGCGCAUGUUGCGCUCCUUACGCAAAUGGUGGAGUGCCACGACGGUGAAGGCGCGUGAAAGCAAAAAGGAGCUGUGAGGGGCCGAGUGCCUCCAAACUAGUUUUUAAGUGUUUUGUAAAUAGCUAGGCGUAUACGAUGUAUCGUUAACAUUGCCAAGUCACAGUCACUGCAAAAUAAAUGGUGAUAUUAUUUUAACAUGCCA